CUAUGGUCACGAGCUGUGCCUAGUGACCGAAAGAACAAGGUCGCAAAUACAAGCGGCCGAAACGAGAUUUCUCCGCAGGGUGACCGGGCUCUCUCUUAAGCCUGGCGCACACGAGAGCUCUCUGCUGAGCUAAAAGUCAUUCGAGACCGUUUGCUCAGCAGAAAGCUCACCGUCUGCGCCUCAUUUUCCGUGAGUUUUCCGCCUCACGAGGUCUUGAGGUGAAAAUCAAACGCGUUUGAUAUUUUUUGCCUCGCGAGGUGAAAAACUCACCGUGUGCGGCGCUGCCUGAGCUACCUGCUGAGGGCAGAAAUUCAACUGACCAAUCAACACGCGUCUUUCGCUCACAUGAUUCGCUGACGGGAUUCCAAGAUGACAGCACUCUCUCGCCUGGUAACAAAAACAGACACAGAGAUGGAGGAGGAAACGCUGUUGCUUUUUUUGUUGAUGAGGCGCCGCCGUUCUCGCCGUUCUAAAGUCAGACGAACAUGGGUGAGGUCAUGGCUACAGAGAAGGACUGGGAAAGGAGUUUAUGGCAAUCUUCUCCAAGAGAUACGGCUCGAAGAUCCGGAAUCCUUCCGACAGUACCACCGCCUGGACAGAGAAUCCUUCGAGAGGGUGUUGGAAACGGUGGGCCCAUCGAUCCGCAAGGUUGAUACCUCAAUGCGAACGAGUAUCAGUCCCGGAGAGAGGCUUGCCAUCACGCUUAGAUUCCUAGCUACAGGUGAAACAUUUCGAAGUCUGGCAUUUCAGUUCCGGAUUGGGGAAAGAACAGUCUCAAAUAUUGUUGAUGAGACAUGCCAGGCAUUGUACAGCACAAUGAAGGAGCAGUACAUGAGGGUCCCGACAACAACAGAAGAAUGGAUGGAAAUUGCCAUGGAAUUCAACGAGAGGUGGAACUAUCCUUGUUGCAUCGGUGCAAUUGAUGGCAAACACAUUGCAAUCCAACAGCCAGAAAACAGUGGUUCAGAGUAUUUCAACUACAAACAUUUUUUCAGUGUUGUACUCUUAGCUCUUGUAAAUGCAAAUUACAAGUUCAUAUAUGUAGAUGUGGGGGCAGCUGGUCGUGCAGGAGAUGCUGGCAUAUUUGCUAACUCAGCGUUAAAGAAAGCCCUGAGUGAAAACUCUCUGAAUUUGCCACCAGCUGAAGAGAUAGAUGGAAUAUCACCAAGCAAAAUAAACUACCACAUAGUUGGUGAUGAUGCGUUCCCGCUGUCUCUAAAACUGAUGAAACCGUACCCACACAGAAAUCUGGACCAACCAAAACAAAUUUUUAACUAUCGGUUAUCCAGAGCUAGACGAGUAGUCGAGAAUGCAUUUGGCAUUCUCUCCAACAGGUUCAGGGUGUUUUUGACAACAAUCAAUCUCAGGCCUGAUAAAGUGCAACAUGUGAUUUUGGCAGCCUGUUGUUUACAUAACUAUAUGGUUGAAAACAACAAGAUUGCCUACAUCAGCAUUUGUGAUAGUGAAGACACUAACCACACCCUGACAGCUGGAUUAUGGAGGAAGGAUCACCCCUUGACAGGACAGCAGCCAACUACUGAUCGAAACCCUAAAGUUGAUGCAAAGUUACAAAGGCAGCUCCUGACUGAGUAUUUCAAUUCUGACUGUGGAGCUGUGCCAUGGCAGAAUGACAUUUUUAGUAAGUGAUGGUAUAAAGGACACAGUAUAUCAAAAGUGAGGUAGUGUAAUUUAAAUAUGAUUAAUCAAAUGUCAUCUGCCUCCUCCAAAUAUUCCCAUAAAAAUGGUUAUAGCUGCCAGCUCUUCAUCAAUACGUCUUUGUGAAUAGACACUAUACAUUUAAUAUUGUGAAUCUUUCAACUAUAGUUUUCAUGUACACAUAUAUUGCAAUUUUGUGAUCAAUAAAUACAUUUU